GGACGACAAAAGGAAGUUUCAACGAUUUUUUACGUUCUAUUUUCCUCGUCUUUUCAACUUUUCAUUCCGCCGUUCCUUAGUUUCUCUCUAGAUACGCGGAAUUCGAAAGUUAAGUUUCCUUCCCGACCGAAUCGUACAUCAAAUCUCGGAUAGCCCCAUAAAAAGAAAUUCAAUCCUCCUGAUCUUAUGCCUUUUAUUUUUUCGUUUUAACCAUUCGGAUUUUGCUGCUUAUUUGGAAGGGAAUCGAAUUACAAUGGGGACUCCAGAAUUCCCAGAUCUUGGAAAGCAUUGCAGCGUUGAAGAUUGUAAACAGAUUGACUUCUUGCCUUUCACUUGCGAUCAUUGCCACCUGGUCUACUGCCUGGAACAUCGAAGCUACAUUAAACAUCACUGUCCAAAAGCUGAUAAAAAAGAUGUUACUGUUGUUAUUUGUCCGCUAUGUGCUAAAGGAGUUCAUUUGAUCCCUGAUGAAGAUCCAAACAUCACUUGGGAGACACAUGUUAAUACUGAAUGUGAUCCAUCAAAUUAUGACAAAGUCACAAAGAAGAAAAAAUGCCCAGCUCCUGGCUGCAGGGAAGUCUUGACAUUCUCAAACACUAUCAAGUGCAGGGACUGCACCAUAGACCAUUGCUUAAAGCACCGUUUUGGGCCUGACCACAAAUGUCCUGGACCUAAGAAACCUGACUCAGGUUUUCCGUUUAUGGGUCUUUUAAGCCUGAGUAGAAAAGAAGAAUCAAAACCCAACGGAGCUCCUGCCACAUCCUCAUCUAAGUGGGCAACAAGCUUUCUUAAUGCAGCUUCAAGUGUUCGAGCCUCAGCUGAAGCAAGCAUGACAAAAUUGAGUAGUGAAAUUAGUCAAAAAUGGCAAAUUGCAAGGGAUGGAGUGGGGUUGAGUAGCAGUAGUAGCAGCAGCAGCAGCAGCAACAGUGGGAGUGCAGGGCAAGUGGAGGAGUGCCCACGAUGUGGAGCAAAAUUUUCUUCAGUUACAACAUUGGUGGAGCAUGUGGAGAAGGUACACGAAAGGAACAACCAGUCUCGAGUCUUUAAGACGUCUAUUGAUGUCUGCCCCAAGUGUCGUAAAGGAUUUCGUGACCCAGUGGCCCUUGUAGAGCAUGUCGAGAGGGAUCACGGUGGCACUUCAAAAACGUAAAAAGUUUUGGCUGCAAACUAUGAAGAGCAUACUGCUGGUGAAGUAAUUGUAUCAUCUUCUAUUGUUUCCAUUUUCCUGGAGGUUUAAAGCUUUAGAGUUGUCUUUCCACUUGGGAAAAAGUUGAUGAUUACCCAUUUUUUGUUUGAAAUUGGAAUGGUAUUUGCAUUAUUACACCUUGAGUUCGCAUUAAGCAAUUCAGAUCAAUCGAUCAACACUUUCCCCCCUUUGUUAUUUGAUUUCUUCCAGGUUGGUUACCCAA